CUCCUUCUCCAUUUCCUAAAAGCUUAAAAUUUCCAUAUACUCUGAGCAUUCUUUCUCUAAUUCCCCAAACACUCAACGAUUCAGUAAAGCAUGGUGGCCGCAAGAUCUCCUUCCUCCAAUUCAUCCAGACCCUCAAACCCUAAGCUUAAUACCCUUCGCAAAAGCAGCAACUUCGAUCUCUCCAAAUCCUGCAGCGGCUCAGAAAUUCCUCAAAGGAACUCCGGCUCCAAACCCACAAGCGCACGACCAUCUCUACGUUCUUCCUUUGAGCAGGAGAAUCAGAGAGAUAAACCAGCAAAAACGAGGUCACCAGCCGUUAAUCCUUCUAAGCGUACGAGGAGUUUUAUGGCUCCAACGAUCUCUGCAUCUUCUAAGAUCACUGCAGCAUCGCCAAAGAAGAAGAUUCUUGAAGAGAGAAACCAGGUGUUUCGGGACAAUAUGAAAAACAACAUUGUUUCAUUCGAAGGAGUGGAAGGGAAGAAGAUUAGGCAAAAACCUGAAAUUGGCUUUGAUUCUGAGGAAAUCUCGAGUCGAAGUGGUACAAGAAAAUUGGAUUUUGAUAUUUCCAAGGGCCAUCACCAAUCAGAAGCCACUCGUUCUGUCGAUGCUGGUGAUUUCGAUCAUGAUCCAUCUCUUCCUCCUUAUGAUCCAAUGAAAAAUUACCUUUCACCAAGGCCCCGCUUCCUUCAUUAUAAGCCAAACACUAGGAUUAAUCAACAUCAAGACUUCAUAGAAGAUUUGCUUUAUGUGGGGGAGGGCAGGCGGCUAGAAGAUAGCUUCUUUGACUCUGAGAGUUCUGACGAUAGUAGUGGAUACACCGCGCAGUCUUCACCUAUAAAAGAAUCUGAGUUUGACAAUUUGAUGAAGACACAACAAGCUCAAGUUCCUGAUGAAAAUCAUGUUUCUGAAUCUAGGUCUUUACCGGAACCUUACAAGCCAAAAACAUGGUCGUUCGGAAGGUCUAAACUAAUAAUACCAGUUGCCUUAGUCUUGAGUGUUUUGUUGUUUUCUGUUCCUUUUACCGAUUCCCCAAUCCUUUAUCCUUUCAAUAUAAAAGAUCAGUCUUUAGCUGUCCCUCUCACCAUGCCUUUAAGAGUCCUUCAGCAUAUCCAAUUCUAUGAUUAUCUAGAUGCUGCCCGUUGGAAUCUUCAAGGAUUGGUUAUAAGGAUGAGACAAUGGUCAAUAAAUUCUAUUGAAAUUCUGGUAUCUUCUGUUUUUUUCUCAAAAGAAGAACUAGACAUGUCUCAUUACUUUAACACGACUCUCGCAUCAUCAAUGGAUCAGGGAACAGGUUUGGAUUUUUGCAGCAGCUCUGAAUUGGAACUUGCUCAGAAGGAGAAUAUAAUUAAUAGACAAAAUGAUGUUGUGGAUAACAUGGAAAUGAAGUUUGAAAUUCCUAAGACUGAUGGUGAGGCUUUGCCGUGUAAUGAAGAAGAUGUUGCUGAGACGCUUAAAGUUGAGUUGGCUGGAGCUGUAAAUGGAGAUAGUACGGAGUUGGUGGAGUGGAAGAUGGAAGAGGAAAAUAAUCCCAAAUUUCAACGACAUAAUUCCUUUUUUGAUCCCGCAGUUCAAUUUGGAACCAUGAACAAAAGCGAUCAACUUGAAAAGAUUGAGAUUGCCAUAUCUGAUGAGGUUGGCAUAGCAGAGAGGCUUGAAGAAAAAGUUUUAAAAGAGUUGGGAAAUGAUUUGAUUCACUCGUUUAACAAAGAGGACAUCAACUCCUCUGCCUAUCCUGUAGAUGAGACUCAAAUAACAAACGAAAAGGACUUUCAUGAUGCUGUUCCUCUUGUUUUUUCCGACACCAAGUUGCUGAUGCUUGUAGUAUUAGGAAUGUUUGCUUCUGUGGCACUUGCUACCAAAUUGAUCUCUCUCAUUAAAAAGCAAAAGAAGACUACUUCUGAUGAAAAAUUCCAAAAGAAGAAAACGGGAUCAGUUUCUGGCGGAACAAAGAGCUACAGACAUGCUUAUGGAGAUUAUUAUUGUAACCGAGGGGGCCUGGCAGAGAUGGUGUGUGAUUCUGGUCCUACAGAAACGAGUUACAGCUUGAACAAUAGCUUGUUUUUUAGCAAGCAGAGAAGCAAUGUAGAAAGUCAUGAUGUGACUCCUGACCAUGAAAUUAUGCAGAGGAGAGAUUCUGGAGUAUCUUCUUCCAUCUCAUAUGGAAGUUUCACUUCUUUUGAGAGAUGCUAUAGAAAUAGCAACAAACAGGAGAAAGUUAUGACUCCAGUAAGGCGAUCGAGUAGGAUCAGGAAUCGAGUUUCCUCCUCAUGACCGCAACUUCAAGCUGCACAGCUUUGACGCUAACAUUUCUUUAGGAUGCUGACUAUAUGAUGUUUAUCAUUUUUGU